AUGGACACAACGGUUACAGAAAGAACACCGGAGAAUAUAGUGGCCGACCAAAGAGCUGCAUUGCAGGUCAUCCGUGAGUUCCUUAAGUCCAAGACUUCGUUUGACGUUCUCCCUGUGUCGUACCGUUUGGUUGUAUUCGACACGUCUCUCUUGGUGAAGAGGGCGUUGAAUGUCCUCUUGCAAAACUCCAUUGUCUCUGCGCCGCUUUGGAACUCAAAAAUAUCGAAAUUUGCUGGGCUUUUAACUGCUAAUGACUUUCUCAAUAUCGUUCACUACGCUGCUUCGAACCCUGAUGAGUCUGUGAACUUGAGUGAGACAUUGACGUUGGAUGGCUUGGCUAGUAUCAAGUCUUUGUCUGGUUCUGCAGUUUUGGAUGCCGUUUCUAUCCAUCCUUUCAGGUCUUUAUAUGAGGCGUGUGUCAAGAUGAACAAUUCUUCUGCCAGAAGGAUACCAUUGAUUGACCGUGACGAGAAAACACAUCGUGAGAUUGUUGUAUCUGUUCUAACCCAGUAUCGUAUCCUUAAGUUUGUCAGUAUGAACUGUCGUGAGACGAGGUUUCUUUUGCAGCCAUUACGUGAUUUGAAUAUCGGAACCACCACCAAUUUGUGCCAUGCUAGAUUGAACACUUCUGUUGGUGAAGUGACAGAUCUUCUGAUAAAGCACAGAAUAAGCUCUGUUCCUAUAUUGGACGAUGACGAUAAGUUGAUCAAUGUUUACGAAGCCAUCGACUUGUUGGCUUUGAUUAAAGGUGGUGUUUACGCUGACUUGUCGCUCACUGUUGGGGAGGCAUUGUUGAGACGCAGUGAUGAUUUUGAAGGUGUGUACACCUGUACAUUGGGCGACUCCUUGUUUGUAGUCUUGGAAACAAUCCGAAAGAGUAGAUUGCAUAGGCUCUUUGUCCUAGACGACGAGGGGAAACUGUUGGGUGUUAUGACGUUGGGGGAUAUCCUCAAGUACAUACUCUUUAGCGAGUAA